AUGGGUUACGAGGACUCCGUCUACCUGGCCAAGCUGGCCGAGCAGGCCGAGCGCUAUGAGGAGAUGGUCGAGAACAUGAAGGCCGUUGCUUCAGCAGACCAGGAGCUCUCCGUUGAGGAGCGCAACCUUCUGUCCGUCGCCUACAAGAACGUUAUUGGUGCCCGCCGUGCCUCGUGGAGAAUCGUCACCUCGAUCGAGCAGAAGGAGGAGUCCAAGGGCAACGAGACCCAGGUCGCCCUCAUCAAGGAGUACCGCCAGAAGAUCGAGGCCGAGCUUGCCAAGAUCUGCGAGGACAUCCUCGAGUGCCUCGACGGCCACCUUAUCCCCUCUGCUGAGAGCGGCGAGUCUAAGGUCUUCUACCACAAAAUGAAGGGUGACUACCACCGCUACCUCGCUGAGUUCGCUGUUGGCGACAAGCGCAAGACCUCCGCCGAUAAGUCCCUUGAGGCUUACAAGGCCGCUACCGAGGUCGCUGCCCAGAACCUUGCUCCUACUCACCCCAUCCGCCUCGGUCUCGCCCUGAACUUCUCCGUCUUCUACUACGAGAUCCUCAACUCGCCCGACCAGGCUUGCCAGCUCGCCAAGCAGGCUUUCGACGAUGCCAUUGCUGAGCUCGAUACCCUGUCCGAGGAGAGCUACAAGGACUCCACUCUGAUCAUGCAGCUGUUGAGGGACAACCUGGUAAGUGCAAUAAAUUGA